GCCGCGGCGAUCGGCGGCGCCGCCCCUCCCCUCACAUGACCGACGUCGACGCUCUCGCCGCGCCCGCCUGCCCCUUGGAAGAGCCCCUCGGCCGGCAGCAUGGCACCGCCGCGACGCACCGCCGGCCUCGCGCUGCUGCUGUUCCUCGGCGCCUGCGGCUUUUUCCAGUCCUGUGCAGUGGAAGUAGAUGUAAAGGAUGCCUCUAAUGUUACGUGCUUGUAUGCACAAUGGAUGAUGAAAUUCUUGAUAAAAUAUGAAACAAACAGUAGUGAUUAUAAAAAUGCAAGCUUGGAUUUGACGUCCACUGUGACACACAAUGGAAGCAUCUGUGGCAGUGACACGCAGGCUGCGCUCCUGGCAGUGCAGUUUGGAGAUGGUCACUCUUGGAGUGUUAACUUCACAAAAAACAACGAAACCUACCGGGCUGAGUUCAUCACAUUUACCUACAACACCAACGAUACUGCUGUCUUUCCUGAUGCUAGAAGACAAGGACCAGUUACAAUUGUUGUAAAGGAUGCUAUGCAUCCGAUUCAACUGAAUAAUGUCUUUGUGUGUCAUCAUACUACCUCUUUUGAAGCAGAAAACGUAACACAGAUUUUCUGGAAUGUUACUAUGCAGCCUUUUGUUCAGAAUGGCACAAUUGGUAAAAAAGAGUCUAGGUGUAGUGCUGAUACACCUACUGCUGCACCUACUGUUCUGCCUACUGUUGCCAAUGUAACUACUGCAUCUACCACCGUUUCACCUGCUCCAACCACUGCUCCCACACCUGCUGAGAACCCAGUCACAGGAAACUAUUCUCUUAAAACUGGAAAUAAAACUUGUCUUCUGGCUACCGUGGGGCUGCAGCUGAAUAUUUCCCAAAACAAGCCUCUUCUGAUCAACAUCGAUCCGAAAACAACUCAUGCAGAUGGGACAUGUGGUAACACUUCAGCUACUCUGAAAUUGAAUGAUGGAAAUAGGACAUUAAUUGACUUCACGUUCGUUGUUAAUGCAAGUGCAAGUGUACAAAAAUUUUAUCUGAAAGAGGUGAACGUUACACUACUCAACCAUCAGAAUGGUUCUGUCAUUUUAAGUGCAGAUAACAACAACUUCAGCAAGUGGGAUGCUUCCCUUGGUAAUUCUUAUAUGUGCCGUAAGGAGCAAACUCUUGAGAUUACUGAAGAUCUUCAAGUACAUACUUUUAACCUCUGGGUUCAACCAUUCCUUGUGAAAGAAAACAAAUUCUCAAUAGCUGAAGACUGCAGCCCAGAGGUGGACUACUUCAUUGUACCUAUAGCAGUAGGAGCAGCUUUGGGAGGAUUAGUUGUCCUAGUAAUUAUGGCUUACUUUUUGGGCCACAAGAAACACCAUAAUGCUGGAUAUGAGCAGUUUUAAAAUGGGAAAGUUUUUAACUUUCUUGAAGUAAAUUACUAAAUCUGAACUCAAAAGACUCAGAGCAGCAGCUCUGCCCAGUCAGACCGCUUACUAAAGCUAGCACCUGGCUAAGAACUGAUGUGGAAUUCAUUGUUGUGGUUUAUAGUUUUUUCUUUACAAAUAGCACAGAGUAUAUCCCAGUUCGUAAUCAACUGAUGAACUGAUUGCUUUUUCUCUAAAAUACUACACAUCAAAUUUCAGAAUUGUAAAGACGUGCGCUGGCAUUACAUGAAUAAACAUGGUUUUGUUCUGGACUGUGGGAAUGGCAUUUGAUGUGUGCUUGUGGAUGUUGAGUAUUAAUGUAUAUCAGCUGUCAUACACUGCGGUUCGUUUUAAUUAUUAUUGACUGUGCCUUAUAUACAGUUUACUAAAUAUUGUAACUGUGCUCUAAGAUACCAAGAUUUCUGGUCUUUUAGCUUAAAGAUGCCAUGGCUGUAGUUUUCUCUAUGGAAUACCUUAAGCCAAUGGGGGGAAAAAGAAAAAAAAAAAGGGCUAUUAGUUGCUUCUCACGAUUGUAAUUAAAAGGGAAGAUGGCUUUUCAUAUCAGGCCCAAAAAUCUUGGUAGCCAAAAUUUCUGAUUAUUUUGAACGUCUGUUCAAUGAAAUGGUUAAAACAUUCAGCCCCAUUCAUACGGCCUAAAUGUGGAGCCUGCUCAUGGUGAUGUGCAGUUGUCCACGUGUGUCUCUGCAGAUGCUUCCCUGAAGCUUCUAAUGCUUGUGCUGUGCCAACAUGGAUAGGUGUGAGCCAACAGCAGUGGCAAACUUACCAGAGCUGAAAGAUGGGAUGUUCCUGGUAUCAAACAUUAAACCCUUUUUGUACUGUCAGUUAGUGUCUUGCAACAGUGCUGUAUUGUAAUACGUGUUAAAGCAAUUGCUUUCCUUUAAAGAAGAGAAAAAGGGAAUUUCUUUGCUGAUUGCUGGGUACUUUCCCUCCCUAGCAAAUUCUUUUGUAGUAAUAGCCCAUUAUCCAGCCUGUAGUAAUUAAACUGCAUAUGUUGAUCUCCAGUGAUCCGAGGUGCCUGAACACAUAGCACAAUUGAAGCUUCUCUUUCAAGGUACUUCAAUAGUUUUUUCAGCAGUCGAAAUGAUUUCACUUAGCUCAUGGUGUAAGUUACACAUUCUGUUCCUUUUUCCCCACUUUGGAGCAUUGCUCAGCUUGGCAGUAGGUGCCUUCAGCUUCGCCAGGGCUCAGUGUUCUUAGGUGCUGAGUUUCCAUGUGUCUUGCUUACCUACCUCCAAACAAAAGGCCUUGCACAGCCUUUCUUGGAAAGUCGCUGUGCUGGACUGCAAGCUUCCCAUCACCAAGGCUGAUUCAGAUGCUCAGAUUAAAUAUUCACUUAACAGCCAAUAACUGUGGGCAAAGUGUGGUGCUUCCUCUGUUCUAAUAUAAAUUCAAGCAAAAAAAAAACCCAAACAAAAGCAGAAAGCCAAGCAUCCUUGCCACCCUUGCAAGGUGUCUCACCUUAUGGAGCGUUUCCUCCUGGCACCGUGCAGGCAGAGCUCUGCUCUGUCUUGAAAUGGGUGCAGUGCUAAGCCCUGCUUCUGUGCCUGCUCACGGUGCACCAUGGAGUUUGGAAUGAGUUCCCAUUCCCAGCUAAAAGUUGCUCUGAGUGUUUGCAUCACUCAGGAGUUCAUUGCAUCCUUUCCAACUGGUGUAUUGAAAGCCACUGUAGUAUUACAGCUGUCUGCUCUUUGUUCUCUUCUGUUGGUUUCGGUCAGGCCUGCGUCAUUCUCUGCUGGCAUCGAUAACACCUUUCUUGUGUUUGUAUUGAAAAUAAAUAAACUUACCCACCCAAAAAGAUUGUCCCUCAGUGUUUUCCAUUCCAUGCUUUCAGUACAUGACUCUGGGCUGUCCUUUGGAUUCCUCAGGACUUGGUUUGAUGCCUGUUAGCCGUCUGCAUGUCCAAAGCCUCGAGAAACGGUGAUGGCUGGGGGGGUUGGGGAAUCUCUUGGAAAGGCAGUGCUGUACCAGCCUGUGUUUUAUGUCACUUUAUUGCUGUUAACUGAGUUGGGAGUGGCCAACAUGCUCAGCCCUCUGCCUUGCCUGUACAUCCCUAAUGCAUCCGUGAGUGCUGCAAAGCAAGAUGAAAGGUAAUGCAGAAAUUGCAAGAAGAGUUUUGCCAGUGCAAAUGACGUGUAGUAUGUGUUUAAAGAAUCUGCUCAAUGCUGACGUGACUUCAAAUAUGUUACGUAUGUAAUACGAUGUUCUCAGAAAUGUUAAGUGUCUUUGCUCCUUGCUUUACUUGAUUUCUGAUGCUCGGUUUCCUUUACUAAUUUGUUCUCACUUCCCUUUUUGUUUUUUGUUUUUGUUUUUGUUUUGUUGUUAUUUUUUCUGCAGCUGAAGAAUGCUUUGCUGAUUCUGACCUCAACUUUCUUAUUCCAAUCGCAGUUGGCAUGGCACUUGGCUUCCUUAUCAUUCUUGUCUUUAUAUCUUACAUCAUUGGAAGAAGAAAAAGUCGUACUGGCUAUCAGUCUGUAUAAUUUCUUAAUUACUUCUCUGCUGCCACCCCUGUGCUCUUCUCCUGACCUGUCCCUUUAAAAACAAACAAAACGUUCUUAGGUUUUUUUAUUAAAAAUUAAAAAACACAUCACAACAGAAUAAUACAGCAUGAGAUGAAUUGGAAAUUUACUUGAAGCUACUGUGUGAUUUUUGGAGAAAGUGUUCUGAGGACCAUAGAAGUGAGCAGGGUUACAUGUGUCCAUGUGAGAGAUGUGAUUGACUCCAGGUGACAUUGAGACCUUCUUUUUGUUGCUCAGUCCUUUUAUAUGAGAAAAUUUCUAGUUGUGUACAGCUAUCAGAUAUUGACAAAGUUAAAUCCACAUGAUAAAGGUACGAAUGCUGCACUGAGAAGCAUUGUACGUGCUAUGGGAAAAUGAAAGCAAAGCUCAUGGUGCUUCUGUCUGGAACCUGGCUUGUGGCUGUUGUCUUCUUUCAUCGUUUAGCAGCUUGUUCCUGUGAACCGGUCUGAAUUUCCUCCUUCUGAAUGUAAAGAUAGUACCUCACUAAUAAAUCAACCUACUAUGAG